UUCGUCAUGGUGGAUCUCACCUGGAUUCGACUACAUCUCAAUCCAUGGGCCAAUGUGUCAAAAUUCGAAGAUGUCUCGNACAGACGCCAGUAUGUCCUAGAUUCACUUGAGCAUUCAAGACGAAGAGAAUGGUUAUGGGUUGUCGUUGUCGCUGGAGUUGGUNUUUUGACAGAUGCAUACAACAUCUUCGCCAUCAACCUUGUCAUGCCUAUGAUAGGGCACAUCUACUUCCCAGACUCGGAGCGUAUCUACUACCCAGGCUCGCCACCUCAGCGCGGUGUAGUGCCUAAGGAAUAUGCAGUUGCUAUCAAUAUCGCAACUCUAGNNGGGGGGAGCAUUCUAGGCCAGUUGGGCUUCGGCCUCGCUGGAGACUGGUUGGGUCGAAGAAAGGCUUAUGGUCUCGAGCUGAUUAUCACCGUCGUCGCUGCUCUUGGCUCGGCCAUGGCCUCGAACGGUAUCGAUGGGUCCAUGUCACUCAUUGGAUGGCUCAUAUUCUGGCGCUUGAUCAUGGGCAUCGGCAUCGGAGCUGACUAUCCACUGAGUGCUGUCCUGUGUUCCGAAAUGGCGCCAACCAGGCUUCGCGGCAGAAUGUUGACCGCCGUCUUCAUGUGUCAACCACUCGGGCAGCUUCUUGCUACAUUGGUCCCCUUGAUCGCGGUGUACGCCGCUCGCGAUUCACUACCCCACAACUCACAAGUGUGUGAAGGGCAAUGCCUGAAGACUCUGGAUAUUAUAUGGCGUCUUAUUCUUGGGCUUGGAGCGGUACCUGCCGCUGCUUCUCUUUGGUUUCGUCUAACCAUUAUUGAAAGAUACACUGUUGACAUUGUAAGAGACGACCAUCAAGCAGCCGUCGACGUCAACCGUUAUUUCUACUCCGGUGACCACUUCUCAACUAGAAGCCGUGAUUCCUUCCAGCAAGAUCACGAAGAUGAGUUUAAUACAGAAGAGAGUCACAAUCCAAUCUUCCCAGUUUCGGUUAUAGACUCAGAAGAAGCGCAACAGCCACCUCAAGCCUCUUGGGCAGAUAUCAAAGAUUACUUUUGGCAUCAGGGAAACUACCGCACACUGGUUGCGACAUCAUUGACAUGGCUAUCACUCGAUCUCGCGUUCUACGGACUUGGCAUGGUACGUCUGCUGUCCCAAGAUCACGCAUCCACUGACUCGAUGUACAGANAUGAUUAUACCACUCUCGAAAUAAUAUGGGCAAACAAAGACGGCAGUCCCCCAAACACGCCGUUAUAUCAAUCUUUACUGGCCAACGCUUGGCAGAGUUUGCUGAUCGUCUCACUUGGGGCCAUACUCGGAAACCUGAUUACACUCGUCUCAAUCAACCGCCUAGGACGAAGAGUCAUCCAGAUCAAUGGCUUCUUCUGGUUGUUCAUCUUAUUCCUUGUGAUUGGUACAAGCUACCGUACAUUGAUGAGAACUUACAGAUCUCCGGUGAUUGUCGUACUGUAUAUCCUAACACAGAUCUUCUUCAACUUUGCUGAAGUGUUCCCUACUCGCUACAGAGCGACAGCCCACGGCAUCAGUGCCGCUUUCGGCAAACUGGGAGCCGUGCUAUCUCAAUGCAUUCUCGGUUGGCUCCACGGCAGUAUACAGACCGACAAGACAUAUCUACNNUUGUACUGUUCUGCUUGUACUUACCACCGUGUCUUUAGUUUCUCGGCGUUCAUGCUCAUCGGACUCGUGUUGACGGUAUACUGGAUCCCUCGCUCACGCGAUAAGAACGGACAAACUUUGACAUUGGAGCAACUUGCUCUCGGUCGGGCUGCUAAAUCGAAAUAG